CCGCGAAAGAAGCAUCACAAAACAUCUUGCGGUUGUUUUGAUGCUCGGCCCAAGCCCCCCACCGCAUUAUUAGCUCAUCGCGCGAAGGAGAUGGUGCGUCAUCUUAGUGCACAUAUGGAUACAUAAGCCUCCACGCGUGCAGUCCCACAAGUGCGGAGGUGUUCAAUAGAUUGUAUAAUACCCACCCAAUGUUCUACACUGAAUGGUACUCCACGCCUACGAUCGCAUAUCCAUGAUUGUUCUGCGCUGAAGGAAGCAUUUUGCAGUUGUCUUGUGUUGAUCUUCGGGUCGCUCACAAAAAGUGAACGCCGUUUGGAGUUGUGCCUUAAAGUGUUCGUUUGAAAUGGGAUGUGUUCGUGGUGCUGUGCUGGCGAUCAGUGUAACGAUCGUGCUGCUAAUCCUACCGUUUGCAGCUUGUGAUAAGUACGAAUACAUCAACCUACCGAAAGCGCAUCUUCCGAUAUACUUCAAACGGUUUCCGGCACUUGAAAAGCAAUGUACAGAAGACGAAGCGUGCCCCUAUAGGGCGGUUAUAGCUAGCCAAAGUUACCAGAACCGUAAGGAUGCCUGCUGGGGCUAUGAAGAGGGUUGUACGGAGAGGAACCGAUACGCGAACCAUACCUGCCCCGGAAGCCACGUUGGAUACGUGAAAAGCAAACAGGCUCAGUUGGACACGUUCUACAGCCAGGCGGAUUUCGGUUUUGUGCGGGAUCAAAUUCGCGAAAGCCGCAUCAUGUGUGAACCCCAGUUCCCGCACGAUUCGUCGCUGGAGUGCUCGAAGUAUCUACGCUUCUGUCGGGGCCGCAAUUUGAUGAUCAAUUUCACCGAUCUAGCGAACCGCCGGUCCGAACCGUUGCGCUACAAGAUGGAUGUAUUGGGGCAGGGCCAAAUCGGGGGCCACUGUCGGCUGCACGGCGAAAAGUUGCGGGACGAACUGCAGCACAUUAGUCCACUGCAGUCGUGGGGACCGGAGUUGCGGUUUUUCGAACGGCUCGAACGGCCCCCGAUCGAGGACGGGCGGUGCGAUGUAGUGAUCGAAAAGCCGGCUUUCAUUAUGAAGAUCGAUGCCGCCAUCAAUAUGUAUCAUCAUUUUUGUGAUUUUUUAAACCUUUACGCUUCGCUGCACGUGAAUCUGUCUCAGCCCGGUGCCUUCGGUACGGAUACGCACGUGUUGAUCUGGGAAUCGUUCACGUACCUGUCACCGUUUGCGGACACGUUUAAGGUGUUCACGAAGAAUCCUAUUGCGGAUUUAAAAACAUACGCCGGGAAGGUGGUGUGCUUUAGGAAUGUCGUCCUGCCGUUGUUACCACGCAUGAUUUUUGGUCUCUACUACAACACACCGAUCAUUAAUGGCUGUGAAAACAGUGGUCUCUUUCAUGCCUUUUCCGAGCAUGUUCUUCAUCGGUUGAAAGUAAGAAUGUCCACACGUCCCGAUGAUCGCCUGCGAAUAACGUUCCUCUCGCGUCAAACGCGUUAUCGCAGAGUGCUAAAUGAAGAAGCACUGAUGGAUAGAAUUGCAAAUAAUCCCGAUUAUCUGGUGCAGCGUGUUAGCUACGGGCACGAGCUGUCAUUCAUUGAGCAGCUACGAAUCACGCGCAACAGUGAUAUCUUUAUUGGCAUGCACGGUGCCGGAUUAACUCAUCUUCUUUUCCUACCGAAGUGGGCCACCCUGUUCGAACUGUACCAUUGCGAGGAUCCUAACUGCUACCGGGAUUUGGCACGACUCCGAGGCGUACACUAUCUCACCUGGGAGCGAGAUCAUCUCGUAUACCCGGAAGGCGAAGGAAAACAUCCGGAACGUGACGAACGACAUGCAAAGUUCACCAACUACGCGUUCGAUGUGAACGAAUUCGAGCGUUUGGUGGCGAAAGCGGCCAAACAGGUGAAGAACCACCAAGAGUUCCAGAAGUUUUUACACUCAAAAGCAAACCGUCCAGCAAAGAAAGAUGAGCUUUAGAAGGUAGCCGACCUAUUUUAUCGUAAGCAAAAUACUCGCCUUAUAAUACCUACUAAUCGGGAUGGAAAAUGGCUUCUUAGGUUGUAGGGCGUAUAGGAGGAAAACCUCGUUGGGCUCGUUUUAUUGACGAGCGCAGCAACAAACUCGUACUUAUUAUUACACACGUAAGCUUUACGAAACUUAUCGAGAUUGGGUAGGAACCUGAUGGCUUUACAUAUGAUAUUUAUACUCUCACAAAGGCUAGCUCGCGAGCCUGCUUGUAGUGCUCUUACAAACAGGAAGGGGAAAGCAAACAGU